GGCGGGCCUCCCCGCCGUUCUUGCACGCCCGGCCUGAGGCCUGGGCCCAGCUGGGCCGAGCCGCCAGGUUACGAGUUGGCGCUCAGGUUUCUGGAGUCUCAGCUUUUACCACCGCAGCCCUCUCUGAACCUGUUGCUUCGUCUUUCAAUUGGGACUAGGAUUGAAAGAGACGAUGCGUAGAAAGCGCUUGGCACAAUGGAGGCCGUCAACAAAUGGGAGUUGUUGCUUUGACUAUUGUAAUCUGUUCAUUCCACAAACUUUCCUGGAUCUGGUGACUAAGCGGAGCGGGGGCCCUCACCCAGAAGGUGACAGAGAAAUGGCUUGUUAGUGGAACUCAAAGAAAAUGCGGUCGGGGUGGAUGGAGUGUAGAGCUCCAAGCAAGGAGCGGUGGGAAAUGAGCUGUGGCCAGGUGUUUGGCCGCUUGAGGGAGUUUGUCUUGAGGACACUAGGGAGCCAUGGAAGGGCUUCAAGCCAGGGAGAGUCAUGUCUGAUUCCCUGGUGGUGUGCGAGGUGGACCCAGAGCUAAAGGAAAAGCUGAGGCAAUUCCGCUUCCGAAAAGAGACGGACAACGCAGCCAUAAUAAUGAAGGUGGACAAAGACCGGCAGAUGGUGGUGUUAGAGGAAGAAUUUCAGAACAUUUCUCCAGAGGAACUAAAAACAGAGCUGCCAGAGAGACAGCCGAGGUUCGUGGUUUACAGCUACAAGUAUGUGCACGAGGACGGCCGAGUGUCCUACCCCUUGUGUUUCAUCUUCUCCAGCCCCGUGGGCUGCAAGCCUGAACAACAAAUGAUGUAUGCGGGGAGUAAAAACAGAUUGGUGCAGACGGCGGAGCUCACAAAGGUGUUUGAAAUCCGCACCACUGAAGACCUCACCGAGGCCUGGCUCCAAGAGAAGUUGUCUUUCUUUCGUUGACCUCUGGGUUGGGGAACUGAAAUCCUCAUGUCUGAAUUCCUGAAGAGACUGGGGACUCGGACCCCUAAGGACCUGAACAUCCGAAACCCUAAAGAAAUUAAAAUGCAAGAACUCCUCAGCAGGAGGAGUUUAAUUUAAAGAAAUUAAAAUGCAAGAGAUCCUCA